CUUCAAACACACACAUACACUCACACACACACUAUCACUGAGAAAAAGACAGGAGGAUUCUCUACUGUUACUAUGGCACUCGAGAUAAGACAGGUCGCGGUCAAUGCGAAGGAAAACAACACGGCGCAUCGCGCGCACGAGAUCAGCGUCAAGCGUUUGAUUGUGCGACGCGGCCAGAGCUUCCAGUUGACGCUCCACACCAACCGACAGUUUCAACCGGACACCGACACGCUCCUUUUUACCGUGGAGACAGGACCCAGGCCAUCAGAGGCAAAGGGCACACUCUGUGUGUUUGGCUACCCGACGCCAACAGACUCAAAGGUGGCAUGGACAGUGCAGGUCGAGAGGAGCAACCAAUCGUCCACCACCGUGGCUAUAAGCAGCCCAGCCGAUGCCUCUGUGGGCUCCUACAAUCUGUCCAUGAGGGUAGGGUCACAGAAUGCCCUCCCUCAACCCAUCACCAACCUGGUGCUCCUCUUCAACCCCUGGUGUGCAGAGGACUGGGUGCACCUCCCAGACGAGGCGGAGAGGCAGGAGUACGUGAUGAGUGAGCAGGGCCUGAUCUUCAGAGGCUCUGAGAGCAGAAUCGGCGCCAUGGACUGGAACUUUGGACAGUUUGAGGAGGAUAUCCUGGACAUCUGCAUAAAGCUGCUGGACAUGAACCCCAAGUGCCUGAGGGACGCCGCAGAGGACUUCUCUGCCCGCUGCAACCCCAUCUACGUAGGGAGGGUGGUCAGCGCUAUGAUCAAUGCUAACGAUGACCGUGGCGUGCUGGCGGGUCAGUGGCAAACUCCGUACUCUGGCGGAGUGGCCCCCACCCACUGGAACGGCAGCGUGGACAUCCUGCGCCAAUGGGAGAAGAGCUCCUGCUCCCCCGUCAAGUACGGCCAGUGCUGGGUGUUUGCUGGGGUCAUGUGCUCAGUCAUGAGAUGUUUGGGAAUCCCAUGCCGUGUGGUCACCAACUUUGAUUCUGCCCACGACACGGAUAAAAGCCUGACCAUUGAUGAGUACUACACCGGAUAUGGGGUACGCCCUAAGGACAGCCACGACAGUGUCUGGAACUUCCACGUGUGGGUAGAGGGGUGGAUGAAGCGUCCAGACCUCGCUGCAGGGUCUACUUAUGAUGGCUGGCAGGUGCUGGAUGCCACCCCACAGGAGAAGAGUACAGGAGUGUACUGCUGUGGUCCCACUCCUGUGAAGGCUAUUCUGGAGGGACACACUGACCUGAAGUACGACGCGCCGUUCGUCUUCGCCGAAGUCAACGCCGAUCGAGUCACGUGGAAGCUGCUGAAAGACGGCUCCAAGUCUCGUCUCCACACUGACACCAGAUCAGUGGGCAAGAACAUCAGCACCAAAGCCGUGGGCAGAGAAAGACGAGAGGACAUCACAGCCAACUACAAAUACCCAGAGGGCUCGCAGCAGGAGCGCCGGGCGUUUGAAGAGGCCGUGCGGGGAGGAAACGGGCGCCGACCGAUUACCAACGGCGUGGGACCGGAGAAGCCGGAGAAGCCGGAGAAGCCGGCCGCGGUGACGCUGAUGAUCACGGAGGAGAGCCAGCCGGUCAUGGGGCAGGACGUGGUGCUGAGUCUGCUGCUCCGCAGCGAGCAGUCGACCCCGCGGGAGCUCAGCGUCCAGCUCAACGGCCAGGCCAUGCGCUACACAGGUGUGCCCGACAGCCAGGUGUGGCGGGAAGAGAAGGACGUCGUGCUGCAGCCCAAGAAGGACUUCAAGAUUUCUAUCCGGAUCCCGUUCUCAUUAUACGGGACCAAAAUGCUGGACAACAGCAGUCUGAAGGUGACUGCACUGGUGGAGGACAAGCAGAACCCAGGAGACUGCUACCUGGCUGAGAAGAACAUUGUGCUGAAGGAACCCGCACUCACUGUCGAGGCUCCCAGCGUAUGUUACCAGCAUCAGGAGGCCAUAGCAGAGGUGGUCUUUGCCAACCCUCUACCCAGCACACUCAGAAAUGGCAUCCUCACACUGUCAGGCAGUGGACUAUUGGAUCACACCAUAGUGGUCAGUGUUCCGGUGCUGAGAGCGGAGCAGCGCAUGCGCAUCAAGAUCCCCUUCACGCCCUACCGCUACGGCGCCAGGAAGCUGGUGGCUGAUUUUGACUGCAACGCGUUCAGAGACCUCAAGGCCAGCUGCAACGUGUUCGUGGACAUCAUGAUGAUUUGCCCUAUGGGUCCAUGAGAGUCUCGCUCUGAUACUGCUAUCCUCUGAGCCAAGCACAACUCUCUCUAUCAUCAGAAAAGAGUUAGCAAGGCCUCCACUCUUAACUGAUAACUGCACUGACACUUUCUAUCAACUGCCCACGUACACCAGAGGCCGACAUUUUCAGCUGGCAAGUGAUGGAUAAAUAAUUGAUUUUAUUUAACGGCACCAACAAAAAUGGAAAGGCAAUACUUUUACUUUUAAUUAAUUCUAUUUAUAGCCCCUUAAACCCCACCCUGUAACAUACUGUUAGCCAGUGCAAGGAUUUAACAGCGAGGGUGAUGACAUGCUCCCAGUGAGAAUUUGGGAACUAACUGAUGCUGUUUGUUUUGAGUGUUUAGGGAGUAUUUAUAUAAAUAGCCGUGCCUGGCCUGGCCUUGCCCUUUCAGGCUUAUCACCUACAUACAUCUGUAGUAAGUGAGUGUGUGUGUGUGUGUGUGUGUGUGUGUGUGCAUGCUGUGCUUAUGGGAAACUACAGAGGACCCCAUUACAUCCAGACUGAAAGCAUUCCCCAUUUGACCAGCCUCUCAGUCUGAGACAUUGUUAGCUUUACUGCAUUCCCUUUCUGUGACAAGACCUUGUUAUUCUAUUUUUAUGCACUUUUUCUAAAAAAAAAAAAAAGAUUUAUUGAUGAUGGGUUCAUUCAGUAAACAUGUAAUGUUUUGGCACUUACAAUGAUGUGAUCUAAUGUAUAUCCUAGUAGUAGUUUAUGAUGUUUAUUUCAUUUGAGAUCACAACCAGAUUUCAUCACCUUCUCGCUCACUCACUCAGUCACUCAGUCACUCAGUCACUCACUCACUCACUCACUCACUCACUCACUCACUCACACACACACACACACACACACACACACACACACACACACACACAGAGCAACACAGCUGUUGAUAGUGACUGCUUGAGUUAUUCUAUUUUUUAUUCUUUUU